GAGAAGAAGAAGAAGAAGAAAGAAGAAGCUUCAUUAACUCCGAUCGAUUUUCACGGCAUUUCUUCGCAGCAAGCCCACUGCUAGAGUUCUUAGAUGCAAAAUUGACCGAGGCCGAGUAAAACACAGAUCCAGCAUUCUUGUGGGAAAAAAGAGGAUGAUGAAGUUAGGUUUUGCUCUCAAGCUUCAUACGGAGAGACUGUUUGUUUGGUUGUACCUGAUACUGCUAUUGUUUCCCGGAGAUGGUAGUGUGGAGGCAGAUUCUAGUUACUUAAUUGGGCUUGGUAGCUAUGAUAUCACAGGGCCAGCAGCUGAUGCCAACAUGAUGGGGUAUGCUAACAUGGACCAGAUUGCAUCUGGAGUUCACUUCAGGCUGCGAGCUCGCACAUUUAUUGUAGCAGAACCACAGGGGAACCGCAUUGUAUUUGUAAAUCUUGAUGCUUGUAUGGCAUCGCAGAUUGUGACCAUUAAAGUUCUUGAGAGAUUGAAAGUUAGGUAUGGGAAUCUGUAUACCGAAAACAAUGUUGCGAUUAGUGGUAUCCACUCUCAUUCUGGCCCUGGGGGAUAUCUACAGUAUGUAGUGUAUAUAGUAACAUCUCUCGGUUUUGUCCGCCAGUCGUUUGAUGCCCUUGUUGAUGGCAUUGAACAGAGCAUAAUGCAAGCUCAUGAAAACCUGCGACCUGGAUCAAUAUUUGUGAAUAAAGGAGAGCUGUUGGAUGCUGGUGUUAAUCGCAGCCCUAGUGCUUAUCUGAAUAAUCCCUCUGCUGAACGUAAUAAAUACAAGUACAAUGUCGAUAAGGAAAUGACCCUCUUAAAGUUUGUAGAUGAGGACUGGGGUCCGGUUGGUAGCUUUAAUUGGUUUGCUACUCAUGGAACCUCUAUGGGUCGUACAAAUUCUCUAAUAAGUGGAGACAAUAAAGGAGCUGCUGCAAGAUUUAUGGAAGAUUGGUUCAAACAAAGUGGUAAUGAAACCCAUGCUGCUAAUGCCACCAAAGGUAGAAAAUUGCCAAGAAGGAUUUCAAACAUCAUCCCUGUUCAUAAUAAGCAUCAUGAGUUGCUGGAGCUUGCUGCUUCGUUCCAGUCUUCCCCGGGUAAACGAGCUACUAGGCUCAUGAGCGUUGCUCGACGUGUUAGGUCUGCUCUUAGGCUUGCUGAUAAGCCUAGAUUUGUCUCGGCAUUUUGCCAAACAAACUGUGGCGAUGUCAGUCCAAAUGUACUUGGUGCUUAUUGCAUCGAUUCAGGGUUACCAUGUGACUUUAAUCAAAGCACGUGUAAUGGGAAAAAUGAGUUAUGUUAUGGACGCGGACCAGGAUACCCAGAUGAGUUUGAGAGUACACGCAUCAUUGGGGAGAGGCAAUUUAAAAAGGCAGCGGAGCUUUUCAAUUCAGCAACAGAGCAGUUGAAGGGGAAAGUCGAUUACCGUCAUGCCUAUCUGGACUUCUCAAACCUUGAAGUGACAGUUCCAAAACAAGGUGGCGGUACUGAUGUUGUAAAAACAUGUCCUGCAGCAAUGGGGUUUGCAUUUGCUGCUGGUACAACUGAUGGUCCUGGGGCUUUUGAUUUUAAGCAGGGUGAUGACCAGGGAAAUGCAUUUUGGAGAGUGGUACGCAACGUCCUUAAAACUCCUGGUAAGGAACAAGAGGAGUGCCAUAAACCAAAACCCAUAUUGCUUGAUACUGGAGAAAUGAAGAUACCUUAUGACUGGGCUCCUGCUAUACUUCCGAUCCAGAUCCUAAGAGUAGGGCAGCUUGUGAUUCUAAGUGUACCUGGAGAAUUUACAACAAUGGCUGGGAGACGUCUACGAGAUGCUGUAAAAGCAGUUUUCACUGAUGCUGCAUCGGAGUUCAGCAAUAAUAAUGUUCACGUAGUCAUAGCUGGUUUGACUAAUACAUAUUCACAAUAUGUUACUACCCAUGAGGAGUACCAGAUUCAAAGAUAUGAGGGUGCCUCUACACUGUAUGGCCCACACACGCUCAGUGCCUACAUUCAAGAGUUUAAGAAGCUUGCAAAGGCCUUGAUAGCUGGUCAGCCGGUGGAAGCUGGGCCACAACCACCAGAUUUCCUAGACAAGCAGUUGAGCUUCUUGACACCGGUCGUGGUGGACUCCACUCCGCUAGGAACCAAUUUCGGAGAUGUCUUGACAGACGUUCCUAAAAACUCCACCACAAAGAGGGGAGACCUAGUGAGUGUCAGUUUCCGUUCCGCAUGCCCGCGGAAUGACCUCAUGACAGAGGGUACGUUUGCCCUUGUGGAGAUCCUCCAAGGAAAGGACUCGUGGGUUCCUGCUUAUGACGACGACGAUUUCUGCCUUAGGUUUAAAUGGUCAAGGCCCUAUAAACUCAGUGCCAGGAGCGAAGCAACCAUAGAAUGGAGAAUACCAUCGACGGCUGUUCCGGGUGUGUACAGAAUAAGGCAUUUUGGUGCUGCAAAGUCCCUUCUAGGCUCCAUUAAGCACUUCACAGGUACAUCAAGUGCUUUUGUGGUGGCGGCUUAGGUGUGAAGCAGUCUAUAAUAUAUACUCCUAAUGAUUAAAAGAACAGUUCUUAAAACCACCUCUUAUACACUUGUGUUUUUAAAAAUCAGUUAUUGUGCAUUACAAUAAAGCUUACUACUCCUUGUAUUUAUUAAUUAUUACGGAGUAUUCCGUAGGUUUUUAUCCUCUUUAAAAACUCUUUCAUUAGACCUGACAAUCGGAUCAACCGGUUCGGUUUUGGUUCGGAUCUAAUUGGUUUUGGUUUAUUUUGGAUAUGUAUUAUACUCCCUUUGUUUCUAAAAAGGGUUUCUAUUUUGACUAAUGGAUAAAAUAAGGAGUAUAUA